UUGCAUACAAUUAUAAUUCAAAGGACUAUUUCGAGGAAAUGUCGUGAGAGAUGGGGGAAUUACUGUCACACUUUAUUAUCUUAUUUUUCUUUGGACUACCAUUAGUAAUAACAGCAGAUCGAUGUGCAUAUAUGACAAAUAUUCCAAGAGAACCAAAGCCGGACAAUUUGCCUGAUAUUAAUUUUGAAGGUCAGCCAUGGAGCGAACGACCAUUUAUUCCGGCACCAGAGAGAGACGACGUCUGCAUGAGCGAAUACUUUCCGGAGAGCAGCACUCAGAUUAUUUACAUGGACGAGGAAAUCAUAGGAGACGUUGCUAUCGCAAAACUUAACUAUUACGGAACCGCAAUUCCUGUCAUCAAUCGUCCUCUUUUGGCUGGGUCAUUCAAUAUGCUGGGCCCGAUACUUCGGAGAGAAAAUAAUGAGUGGUUACUUUACAUUACUGAAAGACAGGACUAUGAAACACCGGAUAUGCAAGUUUAUAUGUUUCGCAUUCAGAUUGAAGGAGAAACCGUAGUUGGAACCAUAUCUUUACAGAUUGUGAACAUCGACGACAACCCACCAAUUAUUCACAUAUUGGAUUCCUGUGUAAUACCAGAACUCGGAGAGCCACGCUUAACUAACUGUAUUUACGAGGUCACGGAUGAAGAUGGUGAGAUCAGCACCAGUGCCAUGACAUUUGAAAUAGAUAGCGAUAGAAAUGAUGACCAGAUCUUCUACAUCCGCGGUGAAACUAUACCGAAUCAAUUAAAACGGAUGACUAUGACCCUGGGUCUCAAUCAGCCUCUUGAUUUUGAAACCAAUGCACUACAUAUAUUUAGGGUUACGGCUUUUGACUCUUUACCUAACACCCACACAGUCACGGUCAUGAUAAGAGUUCAAAAUAUCGAGCAUCGGCCACCACGCUGGCUGGAGAUUUUUGCUGUGCAGCAGUUGAACGAGAAAACAGCUGAAAACUUCACGGUGAGAGCCAUUGAUGGAGACACCGGGAUAGACAAGCCAAUAUACUAUCGACUUGAAGCUGAUAAGGAUGAUGAAAAGUACUUUGAUAUUAAAACUAUAGAAGGAGGUAGAGAUGGUGGUAUAUUCCAAGUGUUUCCAAUUGACAGAGACACUUUAGAACGAGAACUGUUCAGGCUUUCAUUGGUUGCUUAUAAACAUGACAACGAAUCAUUUGCGACUGCAAAUAAUGUUGUCAUAAUUAUUGAUGAUGUUAACGACCAAUAUCCUGAACCUUUAUAUAAAAAUUACACUGUCAACAUUGAUGAAGAAACCCCUCAGACACUGUACUUCGAUCAAGAGUUUGGAUUCCAUGAUAGAGAUUUGGGUCAAAAUGCACAAUAUAAAGUACACCUUGAAAGCGUAUAUCCCCCUGGAGCAGCCGCAGCGUUCUUUAUUCAGCCUGAAGUUGGUUAUCAGCGGCAGACCUUUAUUAUGGGCACAUCUAACCACAGUAUGCUUGACUACGAGAUCCCGGAGUUUCAACAUAUCCAAAUAAAGGUGGUUGCUACGGAUAUGGAUAAGCCAGAAUUCGUUGGUGUCGCUACCGUUUUUAUAAACUUAGUCAAUUGGAAUGAUGAAUUGCCUAUAUUUGAAAAUAGUAUCGAAACUGUGAAAUUUAAAGAGACUGAAGGUGAAGGGUUCUUUGUUGCUGGCGUGCAAGCGCAUGACAGAGAUAUAGGGGACAAAGUGGUGCACAGUAUAAUGGGAACAGCGCAAAACAUUUUAAGGAUAAACGAAGACACUGGAGACAUUUAUGUAGCUACUGACGAAGCAUUUGAUUAUCACAGACAGAAUGAACUGCUUGUUCAGGUACGCGCCGAAGACACAUUGGGCGAACCUUUCAAUAUUGCCACAUCACAACUCGUGAUUCAGCUUGAAGACGUUAACAACACACCACCCACCCUACGCCUCCCUAGAGGUACCCCACAAGUGGAAGAAAAUGUUCCGCAAGGUUUCCCAAUAACCCAGGAGUCGCAGAACAUUACAGCCACGGAUCCUGAUACCACAGCUGACUUGCGCUUUGAAAUAAUUUGGGAUACCUCAUAUGCAACAAAGCAAGGCCGAGAAACAGAUACUUCUCACUUCUAUGGCUGUGUCGAAAUCGAAACAGUAUAUCCGAACCCAGACGAACGUGGUGUUGCUGUGGGGAGAUUGUAUGUGAAAGAGAUCCGUCCUAACGUCACCAUCGACUACGAGGAGUUUGAAGUGCUGUACCUUAGUGUUCGGGUCGUGGACAAUAAAACAGAAAUCGGACAAAACUACGACGAGUUAACGUACACGAUCACGAUAGUGGAUAUGAACGACAACGCCCCCCAGUGGGUAAGCGGCUCCCUGACCCAAGAACUGAGAGUGCGAGAGAACUCCGCGACUAACACCAUUAUCGGUACCGUGCAAGCCACUGAUAUUGAUGGUCCGCUUUAUAACCAAGUUCGGUACACUAUACGUCCUAAAGAAGGUACACCAGAUGAACUUAUGAAGAUUGACUUCCGCUCGGGUCAGAUAGAAGUGGACUUGGAUGGAGCUAUCGAUGCUGAUACUCCACCUCGAUACAAUCUUUAUUAUACUGUGAUUGCAAGUGACAAGUGCUCUGAGGAAGAUGAAAAUGACUGUCCACCAGACAUAGCAUACUGGGAAACUGAAGGAAAUAUAACAAUUCAAAUAAUUGACACAAAUAACAAAAAUCCUAUGGCAAGAACUGACAUGUUCAAUACGACUGUGUCCUUGUACGAGAACGCGAAAUCUGGCGACGAAGUAGUCGUUAUAAAGUCUGAAGACCUUGACAGAGAUGAAAUGUACAACACGGUGAGCUACCAGAUCAACUAUGCGGUGAACCAACGCCUGCGCGACUUUUUCGCCGUCGAUUUAGAGUCGGGACGCGUGUAUGUGGACCUCACGACGGACGAGAACCUCGAUCGCGACGGUGACGAGCCCACACACAGGAUCUUCCUUACGCUAAUCGAUAACUUUUAUUCGAAAGGAGAUGGCAACCGAAAUCAGAACACCACGUAUAUUGAGGUGAUAUUGUUGGACAUAAACGAUAACGCACCAGAGCUGCCAUCAAGAGACCAGCUGUUCUGGUCUAUCUCAGAGAACUUUAAAAAGGGUGAAAAACUAUCUCCAUAUAUUCAUGCACGAGAUCGCGACGAACCGAAUAGUAAUAACUCUCGCGUUCGCUACGAAAUCAGAGACCUGGCGAUCACCAAUAGGGACAUCAUCAUUACAGACCUUUUCGAAAUUGUUCACAUCUUUCAGUCCGGAAAUUUUUAUAAUGUUUCUGCAGAAUUAGAGACUACAAUGGACUUAAGAGGAUACUGGGGAACCUAUGAUAUUGAAAUUCGAGCUAUCGACCACGGAGACCCACCGCUGCAUUCAGAAGAAAAGUACGAAUUGAUCGUCCGACCCUACAACUUCCAUUCACCCGUGUUCGUGUUUCCAAAGGAUGGUACCAGCGUUCGCCUAGCAAGGGAACGUGCAGUGAGCAAUGGCUUGUUAGUGCUGGUGACUGGAGAGUUCAUGGACCGUAUUCAAGCUACGGAUGAGGAUGGUCUUCAUGCUGGCAGACUUAGCUUCGAGAUCACUGGAGAUGACGCAGCUUCACAGUACUUUCAAAUUGUAAGCGACGGUGAGAACCAAGGCACGCUUAUUUUAAGAGAACUCUUCACCGAAAGCGUCAGAGAGUUUCAGAUUCGUAUCCGUGCGACGGAUGGUGGUACGGAGCCAGGCCCGCUGUUCACUGAGGCGGUGUUGUCUGUGGUAUUCGUGCCCACUCAAGGCGAACCAACUUUCCAAACCAACUCCGUCACCGUCGCCUUUGUUGAGAAGGAAGUUGGUUUAACUGAGGAAAACGAGCUCCCUCUCGCUGGGGAUCCGAAAAAUUAUCUCUGCAACGAUGAUUGCCAUGACAUAUUUUAUCGCAUAAUUAGUGGCAACGACGAAGGUUACUUCGCAUUAGAUUCGGUCAAAAAUAUUCUGUCACUAAAUAAGGAGCUGGACCGCAGUGAGAGUGAGACUCACGUUCUACAAGUCGCGGCCGCGAACUCAAAAGAGGGUACUACCCCUGUUGGAAGUUCUAUCCUUACCGUGACCGUCACUGUCAGAGAAGCAAACCCACGACCAUAUUUCGUCCGAAAACUCUACACAGCUGGCAUAUCAACGCUGGACACGAUCAAUAGAGAACUACUGACAGUACAGGCGACACAUUCAGACGGCUUGCCCAUCGUGUACACUUUAAACCUCACGUCCAUGGUGACAGACCCGAGCUUAUCCAAUGUGCGCGAAUCUGCUUUCACACUGCACAAUACGACGGGCGUUUUGACGCUUAGCAUACAACCUACAGCCAGCAUGCACGGCAUGUUCGAAUUCGACAUAGUGGCCACAGACCCGCUGGAAGCUCAUGAUACGGCAGCAGUAAAGAUCUACCUCAUAUCGUCUUUAAACAGAGUAUUCUUCACCUUCGUCAAUACUUUGCAGCUAGUGGAGAGUCAUCGGGAUUUUAUAGGACAGACCUUCAGCACUGGUUUCCAGAUGACGUGCAACAUCGAUCAGGUGCUCCCUGCCACCGACAACGCAGGAGUGGUGCGCGAUGACCUUGUUGAGGUGCGCGCGCACUUUAUACGAGACGACGUGCCCGUGCCCACUGACGUCAUCGAGGAUAUUCGCAGCGACACGCAACUCUUGCGCGCCAUACAAACGACGCUCAACACGGAGCUACUUGUGCUGCGAGACUUCGUGACGGGUGCCAGUCCCGAUGUGUUGGAGACGAGCACAGCGCUUUAUGCGACGUACGCGCUGGCCGCUCUCUCCGCACUGCUAGGCCUUCUGUGCCUCGUGCUACUCGCCGCAUACAUCAUCAGAACCAGAGCAUUAAACCGUCGCCUUCAAGCACUUUCGAUGACGAAGUACGGUUCGCAAGAGUCGGGUCUUAAUAGGCUCGCGCUGGCGGCCCCCGGCACUAACAAGCACGCUACCGAGGGAUCCAAUCCAAUCUGGAAUGAAGCUAUCAAAGCACCAGACUUUGAUGCUGUCAGCGAACAAUCGGAUGACUCAGACCUCAUCGGUAUUGAAAAUUUGCCGCAGUUCCGUAGCGACUAUUUCCCUCCUGCUGACAGCAACUCCAUUCAGGAGAUGUCCAACGAUAAUUUGGAUCCUCCAUUAGCGGCACACAAUAACAACUUCGGCUUCAAUCCAACGCCAUUCAACCCUGAGUUCGCCAAUAGACCUUUUAGACACAAAUAAGUUGCAUUGUUUUGGCAUAGUAAAUGUAGAUA